AUGCUGAAACUGGUUGCCUUGCUUCUGCCCCUGGUCGCCGUCGCCACGACCUUGGACGCCCCUGCCUGUCUGAGCAAAGCUUCAGAGGGAGCUGCAAGUGUAAGAGACCGAUCGAUGAGAUGCCUCCGCCGAGCACAGAAGGUGCUGCAAACUGAUGCCGUGAACGAGGACGUCUGUAUUCUCGCGAUGGAGAUACGGAAAUGUGAGAUGGAGAUGGAGAAGCUGAAGCAUGACAAGGACAUGAAGAUGAGGAGGCUUCAGACGAAGAUGAAGAGGAUGAGGCAUGAGAGGGACAAUGAAAAACGGGUCGCCAACUACUACAGAAAUGUGCUGGAGUGUCUGUUGAGCGAAGCCGUGGACAUGGCGGCGAGCAGGAAGAAGGAGAUCAAGUCUGUGCUGGAGGCAUUACCUGCGAAGCAAGUGAAGGAGAUGCGGGAGGGGAUGCUAUCCCUGGUUGUGAUGUACCAGCAUCUCGUCAACAACGACGAGCUUCGACGGGCCGUGUUGGGGGAGAUCGGCAUACCCGAAGAUGUCGUCAUGCCUCAGCUCCGCGGCUCCGCGCAUGUGCAUGGACCUGUGCUGGAGUAUGUGCAGCAUUACCGUGCAUCAUUGGGGAGGAGGCUCAGAAUCCAGUGA